CGUACAAAGACGAUCAUCAACCGUCAGGAUACAGUGUUCCACGCCGUCUGUUUGUCUUAGCUGCGGUUGUUCGAUUUGUUUCGAUAUUAUUAUUAUUAUUAUUACGGUAUCUGUUCAGCCCGAAUUGUGUCAUCGUCGUCCAAGCCAGACGGAUAAUGGCCAAAACGGGAUACAGGGACUACGACGCCGACAAAGGUGAACACUUAAAUAAUAGCGUCGUAUAAACAACAUUGCUAUGUCGAUUUUCAUGAUAAUAAUUUGUCGAUUCAUUUCCAGCAAAACUUACCGAUUUCUUGCAAAACUAUCAGGCGCUCGAUAAAGGCAAUCAGAAACAUGCCAAAUACGCUGUACAAUUGGCCAAUCUCGCUCAUCGCGAACAGGUACAUACCCACUGAAAAUUGUGAUCAUCUCCAUCUCAAUCAACCAAAUAAUGUUAUACACUCCUGUAUUUUCUACCUAAAUGAUCACGUGCAUAUCAUCACUAAUAGAGCCCUAAAAGUAUUGGGUUUCAUUAAACGGAACACCAAGAUUUUUAGGUCCAUUAACUGUCUCCAAUAUUUGUACUUUGCCCUUGUUCAACCUAUUCUUGAGUUUGGUGUCGUUUGGCAUCCUUAUCUUGCCCAGAAUCAGUGAUACCUUGAAUGUGUUCACCCUACAUUUUUAUCUUUCACUGCUUUUUGAUUCAAAUUGCCUCCUCUCCAUUACUUAAAUACAUAUCCCUUCAUCGUCCAUCCACCGUAAUUAUAUCAACUACAAAUUUAUUAAUUCAAUUCUCUAGAAUUCUUUAUAUGCACCUGACCUCUUUUAUUUUGUUCAAAAUUCAAUCUCGCAACGUAAGAAAUCAUACUCCCUUUUACAUUCUCACUCAUUCCACUCGUUCAACUGUCACAACUAUCCUAUAUAUAGAAUUCUUAGGUUGGUCUUGUCUACUUUCACAUUAUCAUUUUUGUUUAUUUUAAUUUCUAGUGUUAUACCUAUAUAAUUUUAUUACCAUUGUUAUCUUAAAUAAAAUAAAAUAAAAAUAAUAAUAAUAUUUAUUAUUUGCAGGUAUCUUUAUAUAUUGAGCUCGAUGAUUUGGAUCAUUUUGAUAGCUCAUUAGCCGAUGCUGUGGCUGCAAACACUCGUAGAUACUCUACCAUGAUAGGCGACAUUGUCCAAGAAGUGUUGCCCAACUACAAAGAUCACGAAGUAAAUAAAUCAUUUCUAGGUUAUUGUACCAAUACUUUAUUUUAUUAAAGUUUAUUUAACAUUUAUUAAAAUAUUUAAUUAAUUAAUUGGUAUCGGCUCAUUAUUUAAGCCUGAAAACAAAGAUGCGCUAGAUGUUUACAUCGAACACAGGAUAUUGGCCCAGCAAAGACAAAGAAUGAGACAAGCUGAUGAAAACACUGCUCCUACUAAUAGAUAUCCACCUGAAUUAAUGCGUAGAUUGUAAGAGUACUUUGAUUACUACUUAUUGCAUAUUAAAAUUGCCAUUAUUUUAUUUCAGUGAAAUAUACUUUAAAGAUCUAAGCACAAAAAAAGAACUACCCAUACGAGAUGUUAAAGCUAGUAGCAUUGGUAAACUGAUUUCUGUACGUGGUAUUGUUAUGAGAAGUACUGAAGUUAAGCCUAUGAUAGUAGUGGCUACAUACUCAUGUGAUUUGUGUGGCGGAGAAACAUAUCAACCAGUCUGUAUUUUUCAAAUCUAUUUUGUCUCAACACAUAUUUACGAGUAUUAUCUCUGUUAUAUUUUUUUUAGGUAAAUUCUUUGUCAUUCAAACCUUUAGAGUUUUGUCCAAGUUCAGAAUGUUCAACAAAUAAAUCUGGUAGUCGUUUGUACUUGCAAACAAGAGGAUCUAAAUUUAUAAAGUUUCAAGAACUUAAGAUUCAAGAAUUAGUAAGUUAAUUUAUAGUUACAUUUUAUUUUUUGUUUAAGAUAAGUUAUUUUUUUUUAGAGUGAUCAAGUUCCAGUUGGUAACAUUCCACGUUCACUAACUGUGUUAUGCAGAGGUGAAAAUACCCGUCGAGCUGUACCAGGGGAUCACAUUUCAGUGGCUGGUAUAUUUUUACCUUUACUUCGUACUGGAUUCCGACAAAUUCAACAAGGUCUAUUAUCAGAUACUUUUCUUGAGGCUCAUGUGAGUAAUACAUUUUGAAUUGUGAAAUAUCAUUAUGUUAACAAAUAAAUAGUUUUUAUUAUUAUUAAAAAUGAGUAUUUACUAUUAUGUUAUACGCACGUAAAAUUUAAAAUGGAAACAAUCUUUGUUAUUAAUUCUAGCAUAUUGAAUGUUUAAAUAAACUUAACGAAGAAAAACUAGGAGAAGGUGAACUAACUAAAGAAGAAGUGUUGGAAUUGGCUGGUGAUGAUUUUUAUACUAAAUUAGCUGCAAGUUUAGCACCAGAAAUAUACGGCCACGAAGAUGUUAAAAAAGCCUUACUUUUACUUUUAGUAGGAGGUGUGGACAGAGCUCCUCAAGGAAUGAAAAUUAGAGGUAGAGUUUAAUUUCAAUUGUACCUAAUAUUAAGAAAUGUAUAAAUUGUUACUGAUAUAUUUUUAUUUUGUAAAUUCUUGGUAGGAAGUAUUAAUAUUUGUUUGAUGGGAGAUCCUGGUGUAGCAAAAUCUCAACUACUUUCUUAUAUUGAACGUCUGGCUCGUCGGAGUCAAUAUACCACCGGUCGUGGUUCUUCAGGUGUAGGUCUCACUGCCGCUGUAAUGAAAGAUCCAUUGACCAAUGAAAUGGUCCUAGAAGGUGGUGCACUAGUUUUGGCUGAUCAAGGCGUAUGUUGCAUAGAUGAAUUUGAUAAAAUGGCUGAGUCAGAUCGAACAGCCAUUCAUGAAGUGAUGGAACAACAAACAAUUUCAAUUGCCAAAGUAUAAUAUAGUUAAAAUUUAUUUUUAAAACAAUUAGUGUGUAAAAUAAAUUGUAAUAUUCAAAGGCAGGAAUAAUGACACGUUUAAAUGCCCGUGUAAGUAUAUUGGCUGCGGCUAAUCCGGCUUACGGAAGAUAUGAUCCAAAACGUUCAAUUGAAGCCAAUAUUCAACUACCCGCAGCUUUGCUAUCUCGUUUCGAUUUGCUAUGGUUAAUCCAAGACAAACCUAAUCGCCAAAAUGAUCUAAAGUAAUGUUCUAACCAUUAUAAUAGUUUCUCAACAACUACUAUUAAAAUUUACUUUUUAUAAUUAGGCUGGCACACCAUAUAACAUAUGUUCAUAAGCACAGUCGUCAACCGCCAUCUGAAAUUCAAGUCUUGGACAUGAGCUUGAUGCGUCGUUACAUAGAUUUGUGUAAGAAGAAAACUCCCACUGUUCCCGAGGAACUUACAGAGUUUCUUGUCAACUCAUAUGUCGAAUUGCGUAAAGAUUCUCGUACCAACGGUGAUACAACAUUCACAUCAGCCAGGAACCUUUUAGCUAUACUAAGGAUAUCUACAGCUUUGGCUAAGCUGAGAUUAUCGGAUUUAGUAGAACGCGAAGAUGUAAUAGAAGCUAUGAGACUCCUGGAAAUGUCGAAAAUGUCAUUGAUGCAAGUUGACGAAAGAACUGGAAAGUAAUAGCAUGCAGCAUCUAAUUUUGAUCGGCUAUUUAAUAAAGUAUGUUACUAAAAAGUGUUUUGUUUUUUAGACCUCAAACUGUUUUGGAUCGUGUAUUCAAUGUGAUCAGAGAACUAGCUGGAGAUGAUCCAGUUGUUAAAAUGUCUGAUAUUAGAAAAUAUUGUACAAGCAAAGGAUACAAUACAUCACAAGUUGACGAUUGCAUUGAAGAAUACGAAAUGCUUAAUGUGUGGCAAGUGAAUCAAGCCAAAACUACAAUUACUUUUAUUUAAGACUUAUUUUAUUUUUAAUUUUACAUAUUAAGAUUUUUUCGAAACAAUUUCUACAAAAUAAUCAAUAUUAAUAAUAAUAAAAUAUGUAUUAGAUGAAUAGGAAUGCCAAACUUUUUUUUUAUAAUUCAUAAACAUUUUCUAUGUUCAAUAUCAAAUAUAAAUUGUUAUUUUAAUUUA